AUGGCUCUUGAAUUAUUAAUUGUUCUUCUACCUACUACUUAUUUCGGGCAACUGGAGGUUUCCUUAUGCUGCUUCAUCUUCCUUCUGAAUAACCAAAGGUUUGUAGAAAUGGCAGACUCUGAUGAUAUUCAGCCCAUUGUAUGUGACUUUGGAACUGGAAUGGUGAAGGCGGGUUUUGCUGGUGAUGAAGCUCCUAAGGUGGUGUUCCCCAAUAUUGUGGGUAGGCCUCGUCACACUGGUAUUAUGGUGGGCAUGGACCAGAAGGAUGCUUAUUUAGGAGAUGAAGCCAUGUUAGAAAGAGGUAUGCUGACUUUGAAAUACCCAAUUGAGUAUGGUAUUGUCAGCAAUUGGGACGAUAUGGAAAAGAUUUUGCAUCACACUUUCUUUAAUGAGCUCCGUAUUGCUCCCGAAGAGCAUCCUAUGCUUUUGACUGAGGCACCAUUAAAUCCCAAAGCAAACAGAGAGAAGAUGACUCAAAUUAUGUUUGAGACCUUCAAUGUUCCGGCCAUGUACAUUGAAAUUGGCUCCGUGCUUUCUUUGUACGCAAGUGAUCGUACAACUGGUGUCAUGUUGGAUUCCGGAGACGGUGUUACGUACACGAUCCCAAUUUACAAUGGUUAUCUACUUCGCCGUGGCAUCCUCCGUCUUGAUCUCGCUGGUCGUGACCUCACAGAUAACCUAAUGAGAAUCCUGACCGGAAGAGGCUACAUGUUCACCACAACAGCCGAAUGGGAAAUUGUCCGUGACAUUAAAGAAAAGCUCGCAUACGUGGCUCUUGACUACGAGCAAGAACUCGAAACCGCAAAAACUAGCUCCUCUGUUGAAAAGAACUAUGAGCUGCCCGACGGGCAGGUUAUCGAGAUUGGGGACGAGAGAUUCCGCUGCGCAGAGGCUCUCUUCCAGCCACAUAUGAUUGGAUAUGAAGCUGCUGGUAUUCAUGAGCUGACCUACAACUCGAUCAUGAUGUGUGAUGUUGAUAUGAGGAAGCAUCUUUAUGAAAAUAUUCUGCUCAGUGGUGGGUCAACCAUGUUACCGGGCAUUACUGACCGGGUUAUCAAGGAAAUCACAGCCCUUGCUCCUAGCAGCAUGAAGAUCAAGGUGGUUGCGCGUCCCGAGAGGAAAUAUAGUGUGUGGAUCGGCGGAUCAAUCCUUGCAUCUCUCAGCACCUUUGAACAGAUGUCGAUAACAAAGGCCGAGUAUGAUGAGUGUGGUCCAUCUAUAGUCCACAGGAAAUGCUUCUAAUUACCUAUUUUGUUUUUGUUUUAUAUAUUUUUAGCUAUUUUCCAUGUUAUGUUUCAUGUGAUGUAAGAAAGGCACACAUGGACAUAUGUGGAGUUGUUGGUUGUUAACAAACAAGACGAUAUACACUAUUUUCAUUCAUUAUUAAUUAGUUUAAAAUUUUGGGGAAAUGGAAUGACUUCAUGAUAUUAACUGUACAAGUCAAGUAAAGUUGUAUAAUAGAUUCAUUAUUGCAAGAUAACAUCUCCGUUGGUCUGAGUUUAUGUAUGUUUUAGUGUGCAUGUGGGAAUGUAUAUGUGGAGGUAGAGUUUAUAAAUAUUUAAAAUAUAUUAAACUUCAUAACUGGUACUUUUGGUUUCGCAUAUUCUAGGUUUUAUUUUUCUAUCUUUUUUCGUCUUCAUAAAAUGUCCAUUUAGUUUCAAAUUGCAAUGUGGUUAGCUAUGU